GGCGGAGGCAGGAGCCGCCGCUGCGUGCGGCGCGUCAUGUGAUGUGUACAUCAACGGUAUUUCACCCGCUGCAGCGCUCACUGGUGGUGAAACCGAAGGUCACAUCACCUCCUCUAGCGGCUUGUCAGCGGGAACACGGAGACGUCCUGUAACCGUUCAACGACACCAUGGACGGUUUUGAUAAUCUCAACGCGUCGGAGAAAGCCGAGGCGACGGAGCUUCAGCGUAUGAUCGCGAUAGAGCAGCAGAAAGCGCAGUUCCAGGCCCAGGUGCACACUUUCACUGACGUUUGCUGGGACAAGUGUGUGGACAGUCCGGGCUCCAAGCUGGACUACCGGACAGAGACGUGUCUGCAGAGCUGCGUUGAGCGUUUCAUCGACACCACCCUGACCAUCACCAACCGCUUCACACAGAUGGUGCAGAAGGGCGCUCAUUAAUAAUGGACUAAAGAUGCCAAAAGGACUAUGUAAUGACAUGAUUAAAAUGUAUUCUUAGCACAUUGUUAUAAGA